AUGUAUUUGGAGGCACCACCAACGAGCUGCUACUGUGACGACUCUUGUACUACCUUAGGUGACUGCUGUCCAGAUUACGCCGUCGUCUGUCCACCUCAAGAAUGUGUGGUGUCGAAUUGGGGAGAAUGGGAAGGGUGUGUAGCUGAUGAUGGGAUCUGUGGUCUCGGCGUUGAACAACGAGUUCGUCACGUAACCCAGCAAUCCGCACGCGGUGGCACUCCGUGUCCUCCACUGAAAGAGAUGCGCACUUGCUUCAAGUUGUGCUCGAAACGACGAUCACUUGAUGAUAUAACGACAGUGGCACUGCUGCUAGAUUAUCGCCACAACGAAACUCGUUCGAAAAAAUCACGCAACAACAUCUACUGGGAUAUGCCUUCGGUGUACGAGAAGCUGAAACAAACGACAAGCUACUGUGUGAAGUACAAGAUUGGAUGGGUGAAUAGAAAUUGUUGGCAUAAGCAGAUCACAAUGCGACUAUACAGAUGUGCAUCCGAUCUGGAAGAUGGAGAGCAAGGAUUUUGGAAGUUAAUCGGGCCAAAAUCCUGUAAUGGCAUCUGGACACGUAUUUCCAGAGACGACAACUGUCAUUGUGGACGUAAUCACACGGAAUUGGAUCCGUUCCUACUCGUCUGA